GGCACCGUAGACACUGAGACGACGCAUGCGCACAAGAGUUGCAGUUAUCAACCCGUGCCACGCUAUUUCGUCACUUUUUGGCGCCGUUUUUUAGUAAACAAACACCAAGUUUUGAUUUCUAGUUCACGUAUUAAUUUAAAAUUUCUCUUCGACUGGUGACUGAAAGCCCCUAUUUUAUACACUCGCCAGCAAUCUGUGCCAUUCUAGGACCCAAAAUGCACGUACGAAUCCGAAAACUAACCUCGACGACCAAAGACGACGACUUGGUUUUAAAAGUCUCGAAAACAGCUCUAAUCGAAGAGCUCCAGAAGAUGAUUUGUAGCAAAUUAAACGUGGAAAUUCGUCACCAGAUGUUGUAUUAUAGAGGCAAACAAUUGAUUUCGGAUCACAGGAUCACUGACUACGACAUCCAGUUGAAUGACGUUAUUCAGUUGCACGUGAAGAAGGAGGAGGAUUUGGGGAAGACGACUGGAAAAGAGAACAAGAGUCCCAAUGCUGAGAAAGACAAACAAAGUCGAAGUGAAGAGAAAGUGGAAGCAACGAGUGUUUAUUACCAACAUGGCGAUCGCAUUGAUGUCAUCGAUGGCGAUCACGGGGCUUGGUUUGAAGCGAAAAUUAUGAACAUUUACAGGAAAGAGGGUGUGGAGGAGGUGGAUGAGGAUAGUUUGAUUUUUAAAAUCCGGAUGGACAGGAAUGUGGAAACAGCCCCAUUUGAAGUUAAGUUCAGCGAAAUUAGGCCACGUUCCCACUACACUUACAAGUUUCCAGAACUAAAGCCUGGGAUGAUAGUUUUUGCUAACUAUAAUAUUGAAAAACCUUCAACUCGUGGAUAUUGGUACGAUUUUGAAAUAAACCAAAUCACCAAAAAAGAAAUCAAAGGUACGUUGCUAGUGGGCGCCGAACAAGCGCGACUCGACAACUGCGUGAUAAAAUUCACGGACGAAAUAAUGCGAAUCGAGGAACCCACACUAAUAGAAGAAUCAGAAGACCGCAACAAAGACAUUCCCAUGAGAAAACUACCACUAUACUGUAACAAGUGUAAAGACGUCCCCACUAAAAAAUGUAAAGAGUGCGGCUGUUUUGUUUGUGCUAAGAAAGAAAACGCUGGCACUUUAAUCCUGUGUGAUCAGUGUGACAAAGCAUAUCACAUAUCGUGUUUGAGCCCACCAUUAUCAGAAAUUCCUUCUGAGCCAGAAUGGUAUUGUCCUGAUUGUAAAACUGACGAUAGCGAAAUUGUGAAAGCGGGCGAAAAGUUAAAACUUAGUAAGAAAAAAAUGAAAAUGGUGAGCAAUAAAGAGGGGGCGACGACGAAUCGGGAUUGGGGCAAGGGGAUGGCGUGCGUUGGGAGGACGAGCGAAUGCACUAUAGUACCAAAGCACCAUUAUGGGCCUGUACCUGGGGUCGAGGUGGGCACGUGUUGGAAGUUUAGGCUUCAAGUGUCUGAAGCCGGCAUCCACAGACCCCACGUCGCCGGAAUCCACGGCCGAGAAAGCGACGGAGCUUACAGUUUAGUCUUGAGCGGUGGCUACGAAGACGACAUCGACAACGGGGAGGAAUUUUACUACACAGGAUCGGGCGGACGCGACCUCUCCGGAAACAAACGGGUGAGCGGCCAGAGCUGCGACCAGAAAUUAACAAGAAUGAACAAGGCUCUCGCACUCAACUGCAACGUUAAAUUCAACGAGAAAACCGGAGGCGAAGCCAAGGACUGGAAAAAGGGCAAACCCGUCCGAGUCGUGAGAAACUACAAACUGAGUAAACACUCCAAAUACGCGCCGACUGACGGGAAUAGAUACGACGGGAUCUACAAAGUGGUCAAGUAUUAUCCAGAGAAAGGAAAAUCCGGAUUUGUCGUCUGGCGUUAUUUGUUGCGGAGGGACGAUCCAGUGCCGGCGCCGUGGCAAAAAGGCGGGAAAGAAUUCGAGAUGAUUUAUCCACCAGGUCAUUUGGAAGCCGAAGAAAUCAGUAAAGAAGAAGAAUCAGCAAAGAAAGGCGGCAAACGGAAGCGCCAAAGUUCGCCGAACUCCAUCACAAAGUAUCUAUCGACGGGGAAAAAGAGGAAAGUGGAGGUUUAUGAGCUGAGCAAGGAGGUGGAGAAGCACGUAGCGUUAGACAGCGACAACGAGAAGUUGUGGCUGGAAUGUAAGGAGGCGGUGCGAGAGGGCAAACAGAAGUUUCUCAGUAAAGUUGAAGAAAUAUUUUUGUGUGUUUGUUGCCAGGAGGUGGUUUAUGAGCCGCUUACGCUUCCGUGCAAGCACAAUGUGUGCAAGAGUUGUUUAAAACGGUCCUUCUCUGCUCAAAUAUACGUGUGCCCGUGGUGUCGCUUCGACUUGACUGAGAAGUAUGUUAUGAGAGUUAAUGACAAGCUGGGGAAGGCGCUCAAGUUGCUGUUUCCGGGGUAUGAAGCCGGCCGAGGAACUUCGUCCUAGCGACACGGAAUGUUUUGCAUAAUUUAGUGUUGUAAUGUUGUUUUUAACUAGACGUAUUUUUUAAUUUAUAGUUUUUAUCAUAUUGUCUAUUAUAAGUUGAUCUUAUGCAUCAUUAAUUUUAGCAAAACAUGUUGAGAUGUGGUGAUGUAAUUAUGUACUUUUAAAGCGGAAUUUUAUAUAGAUGUGAUUUUAUUAAUAAAAAUUGAGACUA